AUGACCAGUUUUGGGUGCAUGGUGGGACCUCAGUAUAUGGGCCAUAAGGUGCAUGCAGAGAACCAAAUUGGCAAUUUGAUUGCAGGACGUCAUUCUCCUAAUCCUCCACUGAAACAACUCAUUAGUGAAAUUCUCUUUUGCCUACUCUACAACCGCUGUCAAGAGGAGGCUCAAUUGGUCGCUAGUGUAAAUUUGUGUGUCCUCUCCCUUUAA